AGGCACUGCUACAUGAAAAUGAAAAUGCAACGCUGUUUGUACCUGUUGUGUUGUUACAUAUAAGCCACGUGACAGUGUAUGCAAACUUGAAGCCCUUUGACCAGAGAGGUAUUGUUUACAGACCAUCCACAGUAGUAAAGUCCUGCUGCUCCAGUGUAGAAGAGACAGUGAGAAACCCACGUGCAAAGUGAGAAAGGGAGAAAUCCACGUGCAAAGUGAUUGAAGCUGCAGUAAAAGCAAAAUAAUACAGGUAAGAAUUAUAUAUAUAGGCUAUAUAAGGUAUACAUACAUGUAACUAGGUCCUUUGUGACGUGUUGCGGGAAUUAUUCAAUCCCAGUAGGCUAUGUCUAUAUUUUAGUUAAAUAACUUAAAGGCUUUCUAAUUAGAUUUGCUCUGGAGCAAAACAAAGGCUGUCAACUGUCAUCCAUAUCAGCCAAUAGCAUCAAGUCAACAGUUUGAAUAUUGAACGUGACGGGCGCGCUGAUUGGUCAGAAGGAGAUGUCACAUGACCCAGAGACGUUACGCUGUCAUGGUUACAAUGAAAGACGCUUUGUGGUCGCCGCGGUGAGUGAAUGGAGGGGUGGUGGUGCCAUAUGGACUAAACUGAAUCACGGCACGAAAAUAUUGUUUUCAGUAAGUAAAGGACGUGUAACAUUAAUGCGAAAAAUGUAAACGCCGAAUGUAAAUCCGUGGGAGUUUUGUGGACGUUUCACCCCUGGAAAAGGUAAUUUAAGUUAAAGUUAGUACUCAAAUAGCUUCAUGGUGCGGAUAGUUUCAGACUAAACUAACGUUACGUGCGAGUGUAACAUCGGUUUAAAGUUUUUAUCGGAAGAAGCCUCUCUGCUUCCUCAGGUGUGUGAAAAUGUUUACGCUGUGUGGUGAUAACAUUUAAAAAGAAACCAAAGAGUCUGGUUGUCAUUGCAGUGUUGUUGGCGAGUAGGGAGCCAGCUGGCACUCCGUUUUGGGGGAGUGGGUGGAGGGGUGAAUGGGAGUAAUUUGCAAGCUGUGUUGGGACAUAAAAGCUGUGUGUCUUAUCUCUGACAGAUAAUUGCUAAAAUGAGAUUGAUAGCAGUGCUUGUCUUCAUAAAUGACUUUAGUGAGAGUGAAAAAAGAGCUCAUACACAUACACUCUAUUUUUCUUGUUUGAUUUAAAGUGUGUUUUGUAAAGGAAUUCUCAGCAAAAAGUAUCUAUUAUUCAAGCAUAAAAUAUUAACUAUAAUAUAAAUUAUCUGUAAUGUAGAGUUGAAACAGUCAAUCGAUAAGCUGAUCUUCAGAAAAUGAAUUUGAAUUUUUUUUGUGAUGAUUAAAUUGUUUAAGUUUUGGAGAAAAGUGAAGAUUUCCUGCUUUAUUUUGUCUCAAAUUACCUUAAAUUAAAUAACCCAUCUUUGGGUUUUGUUGUUUGCGCAUCAUUUGGGGAAAACUGAUUUUGACAAGACAAAUAAACAAUUUCAAACAGGAGUUUGACAGAUUAAUCGAUAAGUGUUAGUUGCAGCCCCUGCAACAUGUCUUUGUUGAAAGCUGUUGAGCUACUGAAUUAUUGUGCAAUCCUAUGUGAAGUCUUAUGUUUUUAUGUUUUGUAUAAAAUGACAAACUGAUUUUCAAAUUUACUUUCUUCCUGUUUCUGCCCACUUUGUGUAACUGCAGGAUGACAACAACACAAUAGUGUUUCAGUUCCCAAACACUGGAUCUCACAGCAACCUACAACAAAGAUGAGGAUACAGGGACAGCCUGAGGGCGCAAGGAGGCAUCUGGAUUUAAAUACAGUCGGUGAGCUCAGGGGUGUGGAGGUCAUCCGUGGUCGGGCAGGAUAUGGCUUUACUAUUUCGGGACAGAGGCCGUGUUUGUUGAGUGGCAUCCUGGAGGGAAGCCCUGCUGACCUGGUGGGACUCAAACAGGGGGAUCACAUCAUGGCAAUCAAUGGGACUGAUGUGUCCGCUGCUCCACACGAGACUGUGGUGCAGUUGAUUGGUAGCUGCAAAGGACCCUUGCAGUUGGUGGUGCAUGUGCACAGCCGAGUUAUGGGGAACCCCAUCCUUAAUGAUGCAAAAUUCGGGAUUAACCAAAAGGCAGGCGUUCUCCGCACUAUCUCGGACGAUUCAAGCAAUUCCUCCUUUCACUCAAGUUAUGCUGUCAUCGCCAAACAGAGGCCUGUGUCAGAGCCUGAUAUGUCGCAGUGGUCACAACACUGGAACUCUUUAGCUGUGCAGCCAAAGGAGGAAACUUCCAGAGCGGGGGACACAGACUCUGUGUUUACAGACACGGAAGAUGCUAAUACUGACUGGAGUAUUUUAAACAUGACCUUGGUGGUGGGCUACUUGAGUUCCACAGAGCUGAUUUUAAACACUACAGAAUCAGAGGAGGACUGUUUGAAGGCCAUUCGGGAGCGAAUACGACAGCUGGGAACAGAGCAGGACACACAUACUCUGGUGAUGAUGAAGAUAAUGUUUGACUGCAUCCGACUUUGUGACGACGCAGGAGCUGUUUUGGCAGCCUUUCCUGCUGAGAACCUGGUUUUAGGGGCCGUGUGUGCUGAAGACCCUCGUUUUUUAUGCCUGGUCACUACAGCACAUAUAAUAAAUGGCCGCGUACCAGAGGAUGGUCCUCUGCGAGCCUCCUGCCAUGUUUUCUUCAUCGACCCAGAGCUGGGAAUCCAUGGGGACCACGUAGACAUUGCCGGACGCUUUGGCUUCGACUGCACUCCAGAUCCAGAUGCCUUGGGCUGCUUGGAAUUCCCUCAGACUCCCCCAGAUGUUCUUCAGUUUGUCACAGUCCUGUACAGUGACAUGGGUGAGGCUGUGGAGAGGCUUCGAGUCAAACUGGACAUGGAGGCUCAGCAGCAAGCCAAGGAGACUAGCAGCACUGGAAAACAAGGCAGCGCAAGCAGCAAUGGGGACAGUGGUAUUGGAAAUGCUUCCCCCCCUGAGGAGAGAGCGGACAGGGAUUUCUCUUCUGCAAUCCAAAACCACCCUGGGGCCCACCUCCCCAGCUGUCCAUGGGAUUAUCCUCCGGCUGAAGACCUCACCCCAAUAAAUCUCUCCAAGAAUGGCCAAAAACAUAAUCCGGAGAACAGUGCCAGCACACAUUCCCUUUCAGAGUCAUUACCUGGUCCUGAUUCUCUCACUAGCUUUUAUGGGGGUCCCCCACCCAGGCUCGAGUUCCAGUUUAAGCCCCCACCACCUCCUCUGCCUUUGGGGAAAAAAACAAACUUCUUCGGAGAUCCUCUUAGAGGAAGCCAAAGGUGGUUCUCCAAGCCAAAGUGGCCAAAAGCCCUCAGUAGUGAUACUGAGCGUCAGGUGACGUCCAACACCAACUGGUCCUCUAGCGCUAGCCUUGGCAACAGCACAAGUAGCCUGCCUCCCCCCAUGAGCCAGAUCCCCUCAGACAGGUACCGGUCAGCAGAGGUCGUGAUGCUCCCUCCCAGAGAGGAAUGGACCAAAAGGUUUCUUGAACAGAGAGAGAAACAGCGGAAAGAUGGUACUACCAAAAAUGGCUCCAGGUUUUGGGGUAUGGGUGUUGUCCGAGCCUCUAAGCGUCGCUCUGCCAAACGUCUCAGCCUGGCACGAUCACUGGAUGACCUUGAGUCUGCUGCUUCCUCAGAUGGUGACUACAGUGGAGUCCAGUUGCAGGGAUGCUGCAGCCAGAGCAGCCUGAACAGUAAUGGCAGUCUUCCAGGAGCAGGCAGCCAUCGAGGGGUCCUGGAACAGCGCGUGGCCAGCUGGGCCGCCUGCUUCGAGCGGCUCCUCCAGGAUCCAGUGGGUGUGCGCUACUUCUCUGAAUUUCUCAAGAAAGAAUUCAGUGAGGAGAAUAUCUUGUUCUGGCAGGCCUGUGAAUACUUCAGUCAUGUCCCUGCAACUGAUAAAAAGCAGCUGUCCCAGAGAGCUGGGGAGAUCUACAACAGCUUCCUGUCCAGCAAGGCCACCAUGCCGGUCAACAUCGACAGCCAAGCCCAGCUGGCUGAUGACGUCCUCACCUCCCCACGGCCCGACAUGUUCAAGACACAGCAGCUACAGAUCUUCAACCUGAUGAAGUUUGACAGCUAUUCGCGAUUCCUCAAGUCCUCCCUUUACCAAGAGUGUAUGCGUGCUGAGGUGGACGGCCGACCCUUACCGGACCCCUACCAGAUUCCCUGCAGUCCUGCGCCGUCGAAGCACAGUGCCAGCUCCGACCGCUCCACCCUUUCCACUCCGAAAAAGGAGUCCAGAAAGCAGAGGUCAGGGAGGUCACUGACUGAAGACGGCAGAGACGAGAGUGCCGACAAGAAACGCGGCAUCUUCUUCUCAUGGUCCCGCAACAGGAGCUUCGGGAAGGGCCCAAAGAAGAAGGACAUCGGAGACAUUAACCUAGACUACUGGGGCAGUAAUGGGCGGAGGGAGUCCCAGGGCUCCUUGUCGUCCGGUACCAGCCUGGAGAUGGCCACUUCCUGCUCUGCUGGCAAGAUCGAGUCUGAUAAUCGCCACUCAGUGGGAGUAUGGGAACGCUCCCCCAAACACUGCAGCGUCAUGCUUCCCGACGGUUCCUGCUCCUCUAUCACUCUCCGGCCCGGUGCCUCCAUAAGGGAAGUCCUCCAACAUCUCUGUCAAAACAUCAACGUCAACAUCGCUGCUGUCGACCUCUUCCUGGUGGGAGGGGAGAAGCCUUUGGUGUUGGACCAAGACUGCCUGACCCUCAGCUCACGAGACUUGAGAAUGGAGAAGCGGACCUUGUUUAGAUUGGACCUGGUACCUAUUAACCGCUCUGUGGGGCUGAAAGCCAAACCUACCAAACCUGUCACUGAGGUCCUGCGCCCCGUGGUGGCCAAGUAUGGCCUCCACCUCAGCGAUCUUGUGGCCAAAAUAAGCGGAGAAACUGAGCCUUUGGACCUGGGUGCCCCCAUAUCGAGUUUGGAUGGCCUGCGAGUUGUGUUGGAGCGCGCAGACCCAUCUUCAGGCAAAGACAAAUCCAAGUCUUCCUCCUUAAAAGGCCACCCUCCAACCAGGAGUUUUUCUGCGACAGGAGAUGAGAGGUCAACACCAAAGGACUUUUCUGUGAGAGCAAGUGGACCAGACUCAGCACUCCCAGGGGAAAAGAGAAAACAGAAAAAGAUAAAUAUAGAUGAAGCUGAAGAAUUCUUUGAGCUGCUGAGCCGGGCACAGAGCACCAGAGCCAACGACCAGCGCGGACUCCUGAACAAAGAACACCUGGUGCUUCCCGACUUCCUGCGCCUAACCCCACCCGACGUGUCCAGCUCCACUCCUGAUUCCUUGAGACAGACCCGGGAAAAUGGCGUCCCCUCGCGGGGGGCCCUCACCUCCAGCCUACGUUCGGAGAGCCUUGACUCCUCCCUCAGCUCCAGUGCUAAUGGACACUCCGGGGCCAGGCGGUGCUUGUUGGCCCCUCCCCGCCACCCAACAUUUGGCACCCACCUGUCCCCCAUCUCCCGGCCCAUAGACACCCGGCCAAACCUCCGCACCGUGGAGGAAGACACCCACACCGACCUGACCCUGGUGGGGGAGGGCGACAUCAGCAGCCCCAACAGCACCCUGAUGCCUUCAUUACCGUCCCCCAUGCUGUCCUUCGAGAGCAGCCUGCCUGAAGCCAACUUCACCCCGCCACCACCCUGCUCCCAGUCUCAAGACAAAGGUGGAGAGAAAAAGUCCAGCUCAGAGAGAAGAACAGACCCAAGCUCCAAUGCCAAAUCACCCACCAACAGAGCCGACGCCGCACAGACGGUUCAGGAGGUGAUGGACGUGGAGGGGGUGCAUCUAGAGGAGGGAACACUCGAAACCUCCCGGGGUGAGGAAUCUGAGCUCAGCCUGAGCUUCCAGGGCUACGUCGCUGAGCUGCGGCAGUGCCAGAGCAAGAUGAGGAACGCUCAGGUGCCCCAUAACGGCCGCAACCCACCAGAGGGCAAGGACUGCAAGACAGACCUUUACAAGGCCACAGUUGUCUAAAGGGAACCCACACUGCUGCACUUUUAAAGCCUGAGGCACUGUCCUUUGAAAGAGAAUCCGUCAGAUGAUGGGCUGCAUGUACAAAGCUGUCAAUUCACACUCCAAAAAAAAAUCAAUAUUAUGGUGAUAGAUAUUGUAUAUUUGUUAUGAAUUUUGGCGUCUUCUUUUUGAUUUUUAGUACUGAUUGUCAAUUUGGGGCAGUGAUAUGUUUUUGUUAUGUUAGAAUUUAUAAGUGGAAAGCAAUUCUAUUAUGAGCCAAGUUAGACAGGACAACCAUGACAGAUGCCUGAAAUUAACGUUUGGGUACCAGUUUCUAAUUAGGCUCACAUCAUAAACAGUUUAUAGGUUGUAAUGAGUGGGUUUAUUAAAUAUCAGUUUUUACUUUCUAAUAAUAAUUUAUAGACACUAUAAAGUUUGAGUUUAACCCAGUGUCCAGUUACUAGCCUUUUCUGCUAGCCUUCACUAAGGAAGAGAUGCAAUCAAAAGCGCUGGAGAAAGCUUGUAAAUGUCUUAUUAAUAACUUGAAUUGAUCUCUAAAACAUUACCAAAUGAUUCCAUUUAUAAACCAUUAAUUAUGCUAUUAAUUACGACUCAUGGUAUGAAGACGUUAGGAAGGCUGUGAGAUGCAGUUGAAAGCUCCCGCUCCAAUAAUUGUAAGUAAACCUUGAGUUUGAAUUUUUGGUAAACUACUGUUGCCCUAUUACAAAGUGGAACCCGCGUUUGUUGGACCAUAUGCCAGACAGGACUUUAGGAUCAAAUGGGAGGCAAAUCACAACUUUCUUUGGAUAUUUAAAUAUUUCCUGUUUACAUCUUCUUCCUGUGUUUUGCAGAUGGUACCUUUAUUGCCUGUAGUUCCUGCUUCUGUGGUUUUGAGGUUGUCCACAUGUUGAAUGAUUAAAAAGCUUUGAUGGCUGUAAUUCCAACAAAA